UCAUUUCUUAUCUUUUUCCCUCACACCAAAAUAGAUCUUCUUUCUUCGUCGAAAACCUCUCUCCGUUGCUGGCUGCAUAGAUAUUUGUAAGUAUUCUUAAUACUUUUAGAUCAUUUUAUCACUUUAUUUCAUUACAUUUUUAUCUUUUUCUUGAUUUUUCAUACACAUAUUUACAUUUAAUUAUUGUUUUUAAAUUAAUAUUCCUAUUAAUAUAACAUUUCCAAAUCGUGCAGAAAUUUCAUCUUCAUCCUUCGUCGAUUAGCAUUGAGUACUUAGUUUUCCGCAAGCAUCAAUGACGACCACUCCAAUGACAAUUGUUCUUCAAAUCGAUCCGUUCUGUAACUGUGAAGGACACAUACAUCAGGUGAAGAAGACACUCCGUGAUAUUGGAGGUGUCAAAUUGUUAGCAAUGAACCCUGAAAUGGGGAAAUUCACCAUCUUAACUGCUAAACACCCUGAAGUAAUCAAAUUUGCUUUUACUCAAACCUUUCGAAAGAAAAAUAUCAUUUUGUCACUAGAACAUCCAAAUCAAUUGCCUGGUUUUAACAACCCAGAUAACUUGAUGAAUAUUAGUCGUCAAACUCCUGUUUCUUUUGCAACUCCUCUAGGUACUGCUGAUGUUCAUGAUAUAGCUAAAGCAUUUGUGACAAUGUCACAUGCCAAAGGAUUAAAAGCUAUGGAAUUCACUCAAUCAAAUACUAUUAAGAUGAACUUCACUAAUCGUGAUAAUGAUCAACCAUCUACCUCUAGAUCAUCUUUAAUUCACAAUGUUCGUGAUGAUCAUGAUGGUGUUCAUGUUAAAUAUGAUGGUUUUGAAUAUGGUCCUCCAUUGCCACCACCUCCGCCAAAUACUACUAAGCCAUCAGCCCCACUCAUUCCUACAACUGAAAAUUAUGUUUAUGGGCAUCCUGCUGAGUUAUAUGGUGUCCCAAGAAGUUCAAGGUAUGAUGAUCCACAUGGCUGUUGCACCAUUCUUUGAGCUAGUAUGUUUGUCUAUGUUUCAUAUUUUGUUGUCUUGUAUUAGAUCCAUUUAAUUUUCUUUUGUUAUAUUCCAUGUAUUUCAAUUCUUAUUAUAAAUUUUUGAUCUUAUACUUGUAAUGAGUGGGUUGUUUAGUUUCAGCUAUUAAUGGUUGUUUGAUACUUUUUCCUUUCAAUAGAUACAUUUUAUA